AUGCCACCGCCACGGCUCUCUCCAGCUUUGUUGCGAGCGCGGCCUCAGGCACGAUACCAAUGUCUCCGUCGCAUAGCGCCCCUCCGCCAUGCGUCCACCACACCACCACAGCAAAACGACGUUAAGCCUGUCGUCCCUUGGAAAACCCCAACGAGCGUCUGGACACCCGAGAACCUCAUUCCCCCGCCUAAAGAUGGCGAGAUAUUGCUUGAGCGACGGCCAAAUCGCGCCCUACCGCCUGUCCCACCUCUAAUACCCCCGCAAGUCCUGCGCACCCUCCCAAUCUUCAUCAUCGCAAUGACCGUCUCCCUCUUUGCCUUCUUCAACUACCAGAAGCAAGAAUCCUCCGUCGUGACCGCAACCCUCUACGCGCUGCGCACCAACCCGCUCGUGCGCGAGCAGCUCGGCGACGAAAUAUAUUUUGCGUCAAAGUACCCAUGGAUCAAGGGCGAGAUCAAUCAGGUCCAUGGCCGCAUUAAUGUAAGCUUCUGGGUCAAGGGAACGAAGCAGGCGGGCGAGGUGCGCCUGAAGUGCAGGCGAAAGGGAAGAGGUGGGUUAUAUUAUACGCAAGAGUAUAGUUUGACACUGGAGGAUGGCACGAGGUUCGAGUUGUAUGAUCCGCAGGGCAAUGCGAUCGAUCCGUUCCAGGAGAUUGCGGUGGAGGAGUGA